CAUUUUUCGACGCGCACGCCAAUACGACGCAUGGGGCUGCAGUGGGCGUGGUAUGGCUCAGACCUCGGCGGGACGCGGCCGUGCGCCUCCACGUACGAGCUCUACAAUACAGCGAUUCCCGAGAUUCCCGCCGCCAAGUACGCGAACUUGGCGUUCCUCCCGGACGCACCGCCCCGUACCGACCCUAAAGACGACGAAAGAGGCUUGCAGACGCGCGAGCUCCUGACGCGCCUCGAGACCACACACGCGCUGCCAGCAACGUUCAAGCGACUCAUGGCCUCGCGAGAGCUCCAGGCGCUCGUACCGAGCUGCACGUCGUCGUACUUUUACCUCGGCGAGCCCGUGUACGUGCCGACGCUGGAGCUUACAUUGCUCCUCUUCUACCGCGACCAGCAAGACUGCGUGCUUUGGUACCUCGUACUCGACGGCGCGCACGCAGGCUGCAUUAUCUCAGCGCCGCAGAUUUUAAAGACGCCAGGCAGCAUCGCCGACGACAACGGCGUGGACGACGCGGACGAUGUGUUUACUGCGAUCCAAGACGAAGCCGUUCGCUGCGCUGCGUCGUUCGACGAGUUCGUCUACCGAAUCUGGGUCGAGAACCACAUUUGGUAUCAGCAAAACGGCGUCCCUCGCUGCGUGGACUCCACUGCAUUCGUCCAGGCCGAGUGCGACUGGUACCUCGCGGCGACGAAAUCGCUUAGCGGAUAGGCCAUCGUAUCUCGAUGGAUCACUGCACCGAUCCAAGAUAGCUAUCCAAGAUAACAUUCAAUGAGUGAUAGCAUGGAAUGGGCGAGAUGCUUCUUCUCGAUUGGAUACCUCGC